CUCCGCUUCCACCCGGCUGGCCCUCCACCUGUGGCGCUUCAUAUCCAUCCGGACAUCGCUUUCAAUCCCCGUCGCAAAUACAUUCACCGUGGGUCACGGCUAAACUUCACUACCAGUGACAGUGACUCUAUACAAUCCUUCUGGUCUAGAACUCGUCGUCCUCCCCGCAAUACUGACCGGGGUGUCAACCGCGAUGUAUUAGCCCACCUGGCAAGGUCGGCUAACUCUUCCAUCAAGCAUCGCAGUUCCAACGUGAACUUCGGUCUUCUAAACGUCCGCUCUCUUACUGGUAAGGGUCAUCUCAUCCAGGAUGUCCUUCGCGACUGUAAGUUGGACUUUCUUUGUUUGACUGAAACUUGGCAACAUCCCAACGACUUUGUUUCUCUUAACGAGUCAACUCCAUCCGAGUUUGUUUACAUUUAUCAGCCCCGCAAUUCGGGUAGGGGCGGCGGUCUCGCGAUAAUUCACCGAAAGCACUGGAAAGUCCUCCCUGUCUCUGCUCCACUCUUCCACUCAUUUGAAUACACUGCAGUACAUCUCCCUGGAUCUGCUCCUACUAUUUUAUGUACUGUUUAUCGACCACCUAAACCUAACAAGGAUUUCUUAUAUGACUUUGCUGCUCUUCUCACGCAUCUCUCUGUUCUCUCUCCCAAUAUGAUUAUUGUUGGUGAUUUUAAUAUCCACAUGGACAAUGGCAAUAACCUUCUCUCCAGAGACUUCACCUCCUGUUUGGAUAGUUUUGGUUUGCAACAAUACAUCAAUUUUCCGACACAUUCUAAAGGUCAUAUUCUGGAUUUGGUUUGUUGUUCUGGUGUCACCCCUACUCACUGUAAAGCUGAUCUGUUUUCCCUUUCUGAUCAUAAGCUCAUUUCUUUUAAUGUUAAUAUAAUAGCCUCGAAGAUCUGUGUACCUCGUGUCAUUACAUUUAGGAAAAUUAAUGAUAUUGAUCCUGUCAUUUUCUCUUCUGCUAUAUCUGACCUUCCGGACUGUAUUGUUUCAGCAAAAUCUGCAUAUUAUUCUGGUUUAGUUAGCUCUAAUGAAGGUUCCUCCAAGUCUCUGUUUUCUCUGUUUGCCAGUCUAACUAAGCCUCCUGACCCAUUUCCCUCUCACAUGCACUCUCCUGAUUUUUGCAAUUCUCUCCUGUCUUUCUUUUCUGAUAAAAUCUCUAAUAUCCACCAACAACUUAGCUCUGUAAGAGCUCUCUAUACUGAAGCUGAUUCCCUGUUCUCCUCGUUGUCCGUCUGUCAUUCCUUUUCAACUUUCACUCUUCCGUCUUUAUCUGAUGUAAUAAAUAUUAUUCAUAAAUCGAACUCAUCCACCUGCCAGCUUGACCCUCUUCCCACAAAGUUGGUUAAAGCUUGUCUACCUACCUUGGCUCCUCUCAUUACCACUAUCAUUUGCUCUUCCCUUAAUAAUGGAACUGUUCCGUUAUCUUUGAAAACAGCUUCCGUCACUCCAAUUCUAAAAAAGCCUGGAUUAGAUCCUAACAACUUUGAUAAUCUUCGCCCAAUUUCUAAUCUUCCUUUUCUUGCAAAAAUUCUGGAGAAAGUCGUUGCUUCUCAGCUCCAUUCAUACCUCAGUACACAUAAUCUCUAUGAACAAUUCCAAUCUGGUUUCCGCCCCCACCACAGUACUUAA